AUGGCGGGUCUCAGGAUAGGCUGGGGCAGCGUCUUGCUGGUCCUAGCUCUUGUUCUGGUUGUUCUCCCAGACAAGGCCGCAGCUUUCGGUGCCGGCAACAUUCCCUCUAUCGCCCAGGUCGAGGGCCACAACUGGCGACAUGGCGAUAUCGAAGAUGUUCUCAAGACUCUGGCCUUCAUCAAUGGCAAAAAGUGGACGACUAUGAUGGUUGGGCGUACCUACUUUGGUAACUGGCUCAGAGACUACUCCCAGGCUAUCGAUGUUGGCAGCUUGAAGGGAGUCAAUGCGGCUACCAUUCGCAUCAUUGUGUGGGUUCUUUCCUUCCUGGCUCACGGAUACGCUACCGAAGAGUUCGAAGUUACCGAGGAGCGUCUGGGCGUUUACAGACCCGAGGAACACAUCGACAACCCUCUCGGCUACGCUGAUGGAAAAGAUGCCCGCGAGUAUGACCCAAGACUACGAGGACCGGUAGACCCCCGAGAACUCGAAAUCGAUCGAUUCACGGGCAUGAAAAAUUACAUCGCCAACGAAGCAGCGGCCAAUGCUCACGACGGCUGGAAAACCACCAGUGCUGGCUAUAUCCGUUACAGUUUGCGGCGUUGCGUGCAUUAUGGUCGUCUAUAUACCAGCGGCUCUCAUGGCAAAGGCAAGGAGUCUGACCUGUGCGAGGCCUUGAGGUGCUUGGGACAGGCCCUUCAUACCUUUGAGGACUUUCCUGCCCACAGCAACUACUGCGAAUUGGCCCUAAUCGAGAUGGGGCACAGCACAGUCUUCCCCCACGUUGGCACAGAUACUAAGGUACAUCUCAGAACGAAUGGAAAGUGGGUUUAUCCCCUAGUCACGGGCACCUUUGGAGGAGUCGACUUCUUGCACUCUGUAUUGGGCGAGGCCAACGAUCACUUCACCCAGUCCGAGGUUGACGAGAUGAACAAUGCCCUCCUGAAUGCUGAAGUACUGACCAAGGGAUCCGGUACUGGUUCUUCCCGCGGCGGCGGCCUUAGUCUCUUUGGUCUGAACUUGGGCGGCUCCUCUAGCAAUGACGGGGACUUCAUCUCCCUUGUUUCCAAGCUCCCGGGCGUCGGUGACAACUAUGCCAGCACGGCCCGUAGUCUGAAGGCUGCCUCCGAAGCCCAGGAGCAGGAAAACAACAGUAGAUCCGCUGGCAAUGUCAACAUUGUUCCUGGUAUGAGCCCUAACUUUGACCCCGUCAAGACUGCGGCCAAGAUCUACCCAAUCCUCGAGUUCCGUGACAAGAUUGUCAGGUCCAUCAACAACAUGAUUGAGAAAAUUCCCGGCUUGGAAAGUUUGUUGGAGAAGAUCAGCGAGACUCUCACGGCUUUCAUCCUGGGCUUGCUGGCUCCUUUCCUGCGCCCCAUCAUCAAUCAGGUCACCCAAGUGUUGAAGGAGGGCUCAUCUGGUCUCAUCGCGACCAGCGCAAAGCAGCAGCUCGAGCCGUGGGAUAAUCCUCAGUGCGACAAUCCUACGCACUCUAUGCUUUCCAAGGAUCACUUUACCAACAUUCUGAACUCGUGCGCCGGUCGCGUCGCCGCUACCAUUCUUCAAUACGUAGUUCCCCGAGUUGUCUACGCGUGGGAGAACCCCGGUGUGCCUGUCGACGAGAUGAUUGACGACGUCCUUCGAGUUUUCCACCAUCCUGCUAACCGGAACGAGGGCAUUGACAUUCAACGUAUGAUGUACGACACCGUAUAUCAGUGGUCCAAGGAUACUCAUUAUGACUGGAAAACGCUCCUCAGAUCCGAUAAGGUCAAGGAAGGCCACAACCAUGUCCUGAACGGUCAACCUAUGGACCGCGGCCCCGGUGGCGGUCAUACCGGGUGCGGCGCUGAUGGUGGCCACGGUAAGGUGGCUGGUUCUCUUUGGAGCAAGAUUCAAACCCGUGAUCUGGACACUUCUAUCCCUGGCGGCUUUGGAGGUGGUGGUAGGUCUUCCUCCUCCACCGGCCACAAGUACGGUUAUUCCGCCUCCUCUUCUCAUCACGAGGUUCCAGCCCACGGUGAGGCAGCAUCUUACUUCUCCUCCGCCGACCCACGCCCUGCCUCCCCGCCAUCAGGUCGCUACUACGGCAGCCGCCCCUCUUCCUCCGGGCACGGAUCUUCCGCCUAUGGUUCGGGCCGUCCUUCACCCGCCCCUGCAUCCUUCGGGUACCACCAUGGCGGUCAUCAGGCUUAUGAGGGCAGCAGCGGCUUCUCUUCGCAGCCGUCAUACGGAGGAUCUUCUGGGCCAUCAUACGGCGGUUCUUCCCAAUCCAGCUAUGCCUCCCUAUGGCGGGCCCCUCACAGCCCUACGGCGCUGACGUCCCCCUCUCCUCCUCGUCCCUCUGGCUACGGCGGCGGAUACGCUGGCUACUCCGCUGGUCCCGCUCCCAGCCACGGUGGCUACGGCGGUGGUCCACCAGGUGGUGCUCCUCCCUACCCCCAUGGCGGUCCAGUAGGUGGUGGUGGUGGUGCUCCUUACCCGCAUGGUGGAAAGUCCGAUGCAUAUGAGAGAAAUUAUGAUCAGCAUUAUCAGAGAGAUGACAGACGUGGUGAUAGAGAUGGCAGGCGGAGGAGAAGAAGCCAUGGUAGUAGGAGUAGUAGCGAGGAGCGGGAUGGAAGAGGAUACCCCGGGCAAGGGUCUAGGGGAAGUGGUCAUCAUGGUGGUGGUGGAGCGUACGGAGGGGGAUAUGGUGGUGGUUAUGGUGGUGGUGGAUAUGGAGGAGGUUAUGGAGGCAGGUAA